CAAUCAGUUGUGCAUACAUCCAGGACCAGGGGUGGAAGGAAAAACUUUCCUAAGCCACCCUACAUAGCACAUAAGCCACCAGUCAGCGCAUACAUACACAAUCAAACACAAUCAGCUUUCACAGCAGAACACAACCUCAACCACUCCAUCCAACUCCAUCAUACCAAACAAAUGACUUCGACGAUUGCCGGUCUGCCGAUUCCAGAUAGCGACCUAUGCCACGUCCAAUGGAGAUCACUAGCCUGGAUACUCGAGCAUGGCCCCUUGACCGAAUCGAACGCGAUCGACUACUUUGCCCUGUCUCCCUUCUACGACCGCAAAUCGACUAACCAGGUCUUGAGGAUGCAGAGCAUGUUCUCCGGUCAACCCAAGAUGGACCCGGCCUCGGAGCAGGAAGCACUUCGGCGUUUCAUCGGAAUCGAGUACGCCCUAGUCCUCUCACGACCCGAACCAGAUCGAGAGGGCGGUUUGUUUAUAAUCGAGAAACGCGAACGAAAGGGAUACGAUGAAUAUUAUCCGAUCGCUUCAUAUUACAUUCUCAAGACGUCGAUCUACCAAGCACCCUCACUCUAUGCCACCCUAUCAGCACGAGUUCUCACUUCCUUGUCUGCCCUCCAACGACUCCUCGAACUGGCUCGUCAACACAAACCUACCUAUGAUCCACGACAUAGCUAUGCCUGGAAGAUCAAGGAGAAGCCAGAAGAAAACACAGUUGAUAAACAAUCCACCGAUCAACCCACCACAGAGUCAACAACUGAGGUCGAGCCAACCACUCAAGAGUCUGAUCGGAUGGAUAUCGACAUGACUGCCCCUGAGAAGCCCGAUGGUCCGGCUAAGACUACACUCAAAAAGAAGAACCAUGAUACACCCGAGCUCUCCAACCCGAUUCUGUUCCGUGCCUUACAGAACACGAUCACUAAUUUUCCUGCGUUCAAGCCCCCUCCGGCGGUCGAGGCCGUUCCAGAAUAAUUGGGCAUCUCCACUUCAUUGGUAGGUUCUCUAGUCAACCAUUCAUAGCUCUAGAAUCUCACCUCAGGCUCCAAUGAUAGAUCCCCUGGCUUAGAAGGCCUAACCUCAUUCACUCAGCUCUCCAUUCAAUCCCAAGCUCAUCACGCUCCAUUCCAAGAUAGGCAAGCGAAAACUCAAGGCCCCUGCAAAAUCAGGAGGUAUAGGAACGACAAGCGAUAAGCGAAAGUUAGCUGCUUAACAACUCUAUAUCGUCAUAGCUAUCAUGUCCAUAAUUGACUUGAAAAAAAAAAUGUUGUAAAAAUAUUUAUCACUUUCAACACACAUUGAGCUUUUGGCAUGCUCAAACCGGCUUCUCGGGUACAUUAGGCGCCCUUUCUGAUGAGAGGCUGUUUUGUUUCAAUAGACACAGGCUAAUUUAAUGGAGUCCCCCCUCUGAAUACAUUUGGUUAGAUACACGGGUAUUCUGAAGGAAGGAAAUGGAUUGAUUCAUGCAAAGAACAAUGUACACCUACUCAGCCCGGCCCGGCGCGACGCAACAACCAAAAAUGACUUGAUUCAUCAAGUCAAAAGUAGAAACAUUCUCCGAGCACAUCAC